AUGCAAUCAGCAGAAGACGCUCUGGACUUCCUUUCGGAGAGUCAGAAACGCGGUGUCGCAGGUUUAUGUGCUUGUCUUCUACCUGCUGUCUCCGAUGGCUCGAUUGACAUAUUAUGGUCGCGAACGUACCUGAAGCUACUGGUGGAGCAUUUUUUGAGGCUUUCUAGUAGCCAAACCGAGGCCUAUUUACCCAUUUUAAUGUCGAGACAGUUGCAAUUGGCUGAAAAGAUGCACAUACCGUCACGUGGUGCAUCUCCUUUCGUAGACGACUUUGACCCCGCCCCUUUUCUGGCUCAAGUGAUGCCUAAAAAUGCCACAGACACGACUCGAUGUUCUCGAGCGUGGACGAAACUGACGACGCCCAAAAAAGACCAAUCAGAAGCAAGGAAGCAAUUGAACAAUUCGGUUACAAGUGACGCACUGGACGAGUCCCACGUGCGCUUCUUUCGACUUCAAGUAAUCAAGAGGCUGCUGGGGGUUACGAUCAAGAGCGUGGGUUACGAUGCUCGGGCCAGAACAUUGAUGAGGAGACUCGUGCUGGCAAUGGACUUGCAGUGGGCAGACGUGACCCAGGAAGAGGAGAAGAUUGGCCAGACGUUGUACGCAGAAGCUACUGCCACGCUGCUGGUUAAGAAAGAAGGAACAAAACCAAAAGGUUGGGACUGGAAACGCCAUGCGGCAAUUGGUGCAGCAUCUGUGACUGGUGGCGCUUUACUUGCAGUGACAGGAGGUCUUGCUGCUCCUGCGAUCGCGGCAAGUUUGACAGCGCUGGGAGGAGCAGGCGUGACGAUCGGCGCUGUUGUGGGGUCUGCAACCGGCGUCACAGCAACGACAGUGCUCUUUGGGACAGCUGGAGCGGGAGUGAUGGGUAUGAAGACUGAGAAAAGGACGAAAAGCGUUCAUGAUGUUGGCUUCGAUCUCGUGUCGGCAGGGCAUGGCAUGAACGUCUACAUUUGCGUGUCGGGGUGGCUGGACGAAGAUGACCCGCCGACAAACGGAUUCCGUCGAGCGUGGGGGGAUGCUAGCGAGGGCUUGAGUGCGUCGUGUGUUCAAAGAAAGCCAAAGCAGGUGGAUCAGGUGGAUCGAGUCGUGGGCCAGUGUCGAGGUCGAGAAGACGAGGUGCUUGCUGAGACGAGUGAUCCAUGUCAUGCUUCAUGUUUGUCGAGGACAGUACACACAGACACCGACGCGCGUGGUGGUAACUUAGCGAACCACAUCAGCGACCCAAAAGCUUGUUCUCCUAGUUUGAAGAGCACAGCAGCAAGCAACGCUAGUCCAUCUGCGUGGGAGCGAGGAACAAAGCUCAAUCCGCUUCAAGCAUGGCGAUGGAACGACCGUUUCCCUCAUGGUGACCAGUACUGCCUUGUCUGGGAAGAAGCAGGACUUCGACGGUUUGGUAGAUGCAUGCGUACAUUUGCAGCUGAGCAAGUUUCAGUAUAUGCGACGACAGAGAUUGUCAAAUACACUGCGCUGGCAGCAUUGUUUGCAGCCGUGGCGAUUCCACGGGCGAUAUUUCGACUGGCUGAUAUCAUUGACAAUAGUUGGACAGUAACUAUGAACGCUGCAGACAGCUCUGGUAAAUUGCUAGCGGAUGCGCUGCGUAAGCGCGAGCAAGGUUUGCGUCCUGUUACACUGGUUGGAUAUGGCAUGGGUGCUAGGCUGAUUUUUUCCUGCUUGAAAGAACUGGCAAAUGAAGAUAUGGUUAACGAAUCGUGUGGGAUUGUAGAGAACGCUGUCUUGCUUGGAUCGCCUCUUCAUAUGGCACGCAACGAAUGGAUGAGCGCUCGUCGCGUAGUCUCCGGAAGGCUAAUUAAUGGGUACUCGGAAAAGGAUUGGAUGCUGGGUCUCAUGUACCGCUACCAGGGAUGGGCUCUGAAUUCGGCGGGCAUUGCGCCUCUCGAUAUCGCUGGUAUCGAAAAUGUGAAUUUGUCAGAGAUCAUUGGAGGACAUCUGGAGUACAAGAGCAAAAUUGGCGUCAUACUGGAUCUGCUGAAGCUGGAAGACUGA